UCCACCCGACAACCCUGGCCGGAGCACGAGUCCGAGACGAGACGGCCGCGCAACCGCCGCCCGCAGCCCCUUCCUCGCGCGGCGCGCGCCAAAACUAGCCACCAGCCGGGGCCCGAACCGCAACCCUACCCCGCUCGGCUGCUCCCUCUCCCAGCCCGCACUUGCCGCGGCGGCGGUCUCUGGUCGCUCGCGAGGCCCUGAUGGCGCGUGAGGAGAGGGAGGUCCAGGUCCGGGCCCUCGACGGGCGGUCCACGGCCGUCAUGAUCACCGCCGACGCCUCCGUCCGGGACCUCAAAGCCGCGCUCAGGAGCUCGUUCCCUCCCGCGCAGGUCUCCCUCAGCUUCCACCUCUUCCUCAAGGGUGCUAAAUUGCGCUUACACGUCGAGAUUGGCAGCCUUGUCAUCGGUGAUGGAGAAUUCAUUGUUCUCGUUCCCUUUACAAGGACGCCACAGCAAUGUUAUUCAGUCCGCGUAGGUCAAGAGCAGGGCGUCAAUCCAUAAAGGCACCAGAAGUGUCAGCUACGGCUAAUUCAGCAUGGCAAGACAUUAUGGAUGACCUGUCAUCUAUCCCAACCAGCCCACAAUUUGAUGCUGCAUCAAAAGAUUUUUACUCCUCAAGCAUCCCGUGCUCUGGGAGGCUUGUAGAGGAUAUGCCAACAUGCCAAGGCUCCUCAACUGGGUCUUCAAGGAAAAGGAGAAAAAAUUGCAAAGAAAAUGGAAAUGGCUCCCCAGAAACGCUUUCGUAUGGAGCGAAUGGUACAUCUGAGCAGUGCAACAUAAGGAAGAAAAGCGGGGUGGUCAAAUCUGCUGCGUUGUCGUGUCAUGAUAUGCAACUGUUAGAACCUGCUGGAAUGGUUGAACAUCUGAAACAAGGACUUGGAAAGGAGGGACAGAUGGUACAUACCGAAGAGGUACCAUCUAGAGAGGCAUCAUAUGUGGAACUUCCUUGUCAUCUUUCAGAAGCUAUGAGAGAAGCACUAAAGAGUAUUGGAAUAUCUGGGUUGUAUAGCCACCAGUCUCAAGCCAUAGAAUCCUCCAUUUCUGGGAAGCAUGUUGUGAUUGCAACUUCAACAUCAAGUGGAAAGUCUUUGUGUUACAACAUUCCUGUUCUUGAAUCUCUCUCUCAAGACCUGAUGGCAUGUGCUCUGUAUAUAUUUCCAACAAAGGCUUUAGCUCAAGAUCAGUUGAGGACUUUACUAGAGAUGAAGAAUGCAUUUCAUAUUAAUAUUGAUGUGAAAAUAUAUGAUGGUGAUACUCCUAGAGAAGGUCGUUUGUGGAUUAGGGAUAAUGCCCGACUGGAACUGGCCAAUUUGAAUGAGGUGGAGUUGAUUCAGAAUGAUGGAAGUCCUUGUGGUUCCAAGUACUUUCUCUCGUGGAACCCCCCACUACAUAUGACAAAGGAAGGAAGUUCAAAAGGUAGUUCAGUAACUAGACGCUCAAGGUAUAGUGAUAUACACUCCCCUUUACCCUUUUAUAGUUAUGUUACUGGUACCUUUUCUUUUCAUUAUAACUUUACGUUCACAUUGGGUUUUGAUCUAUGUAUGGGUGUUUGAUCACUGAUGCCAUAUAGCUGUUUUCCUAGUUUCAUUUCUCAAGUGGUUAAAAGUAUAGUAUUUGCUAUUAAAAGUUGUACUAUUGUCUAUCUUUGGACAGACAACAUGGCUUAUGAAUCAUAGAAUCAGAAUGAAGUUUUACUUUAGUGCACCACGUUACUUGAGAUUCUCAUAAAACAAAAACAUUGUUACUUGUGGUUUAAUUUUUUAGUCAGAGGACAUAUUGGUUAACUGCGACACCAUUAUUUUCGAGUACUACGUUAUGAUACUUAAGUGCCAUAUUAACGAGUACUAAGUAAUUUUUCUUUCCUAUGGUGCUCUGAUAUAGGCGCAAUAGAGUAUGAGAUCAAGUUAGGAGAUAUGCUACCUUUUAAGUUAGGAGAUAUGCUACCUUUUUAAUUAGGAGACAAGUUUGCUAGUUUUGUAUUUUAUUUGUUUAGAGAUAAGAUUA